AGACUCAGUGGAGGGAGGCAGAAGAGAGGAGGGAGGAGGAUCAAGAUCGGUGGUUGACAGAGAGUUUGUGGUAGACAUGUUUGGGAGCAACUUCUACACCUCAGAGGAGGCAGCUCAGCAGCAGCAGGGCCGACUGGAGCGUCACGACUCCAGGACUCGUGGCAUGGAACCCAGUGAGUACCUGCACUAUGGCCAAUGCAGACAAGUCAGUUUCGUCAAGAAUUUGGCUCGGUUCCGCAAGUGGCUGGACCUGGAGGCCACUCUGGAUGGCCACACUCUAGCCCAUGAUGUCAUCGAGAUACUGGGCUAUCUCGCCUACGACACUGUUAGAGAGCUGGUGGAGCUGUCACUGCUGGUAAAACAGGACAUGGAGAAAACCCGCCACAGCAUCUCUCCCCUCCUCCUCCCCGCCUCCUCCUCACACCCGCCCUCCCUCACCCCUCACUCGUCCCACAAGAGCCACGACCAACAGCCACUCAUGUCUCCUGCAAGUCAGGGGUCUGAGACUGUCGGAGAAACAGCUCUCUCUACUGCUACUACCAGAGCUUCUCGCAGCCGCAAGAGAAAGGGUGUGUCAGGAGAUGGGCCAGCUGAUCCUAACCCUCCAGAUGAGUCUGGACAGGUCCAGAGUCAGAACGGACUGGGGACGGGGGAUGGUGGGCGUGGCAUCCAGCCAUCUCACAUCAGAGAGGCACUUAGGAGACUGAGUGUUCCUUCAGGUCCCCUCCUGCCCCUGGCGACACAUCUCCACAGGCCAAGCUACACACAGAAAACUCUCUGUCUCUAAAAUGGACUCGCGGGGACAUUAUUAUUUUCACCUGUAGUGUAAAUUCAUCUCGUAUGAUACAGAGGUAGAGACUUCAUAGCAUAUACCUCCGCCCUCCUGAUAACACUGUAUCUGCUAAUUUCUGACUCUGUGUCGAUCUAUACUUGUCAAUGUAAUGUGUGCUGUGGUCUGUGCACACUGCUACUCACUGCUAGCCUCUCCUUAUUAUGGAUUCUUUGCUGCCCAAUAAACCCUUUGCGAACAAA